GCGGCGGCGGGCGGCGGCCCCGCUCCGCCCCGGCGCUGCCCGGGCGCUGCCCCACGCGUGAGCGCGGCCCCGAGGAGGAGCAGCAGCAGCGGCGGCGGCGGCAGGAGGAGGAGGAGGAGGAGGAAGGAGGUCGCUCCCGCCGCCGCUCCGGCAUGAGCGCGGCUUUCCAGCCCUCGCUGAUGAUGAUGCAGCGCCCGCUGGGAAGCAGCACGGCCUUCAGCAUCGACUCGCUCAUCGGCAGCCCCCCGCCGCCCGCCCCCGGCCACUUCGUCUACACCGGCUACCCCAUGUUCAUGCCCUACCGGCCCGUGGUGCUGCCGCCGCCCCCCCCGCCGCCCCCGGCGCUACCGCAGGGCGCACUCCAGCCGGCGCUGCCCCCCGCGCAUCCCCACCACCACCAGCUCCCCAGCCUGCCCACGGGUUUCUGCUCCAGCCUGGCCCAGGGCAUGGCCCUCACCUCCACCCUCAUGGCCACGCUGCCCGGCACCUUCCCCGCCUCCCCCCAGCACCAAGAGGCGGCCAGGAAGUUCGCACCCCAGGGGAACUUCGAUAAAGCCGAGGGGAUCCCCCCGGACGGCGGCGGCGACGAUGGCAAAGCCUUCCUGGGGAAGGACGGAGCCCUCCUGCCAUUCCCCGCCGCCGACGCCGUCCAGGCCUCCCUCGCCGGGGCUCUCCGGGGCCAGGGGAAGGAGGACCCCAAAGCAGAAGAGGAUGCGAAAGGCAAGGAGGAAAGUUUCUCCAUGGACAGCGAUCUAGACUAUAGCUCGGACGACAACAUCCCCGGCCAGGCGGCUCACAAGGAAGAGGACUCUGGCAACGCGCUGGAGGAAAACCCCCAAAACCCCCCCAAUUCCACCAACACCACAUCCACGGGCAAAAACCGGCGGAGGCGGACAGCCUUCACCAGCGAGCAGCUGCUGGAGCUGGAGAAGGAGUUUCACUGCAAAAAGUACUUGUCCCUGACGGAGAGGUCCCAGAUCGCUCACGCCCUCAAACUCAGCGAGGUGCAGGUGAAAAUCUGGUUCCAGAACAGACGGGCUAAAUGGAAAAGGGUCAAGGCGGGCAACGCCAACUCCAAGACAGGGGAGCCCUCCCGAAACCCUAAGAUCGUGGUCCCCAUCCCGGUGCACGUCAGUAGGUUUGCGAUCAGGAGUCAGCAUCAGCAGCUGGAGCAAGCCCGACCCUGAUCUCUCCCUGCGCUGCUUCAGAGUCACAAGUUUUUGAGGGAAAACUUUCCAAAAAUCGGGGUUUCAAAACAACCCACCCGAAAAAAAAAGAAAGAAAAAAAGAAAGAAAAAUAAGACAAAAAGCAGCAGCAGAAAAAUAACCACAAACACAACCCCUAAAGCAACCGACAACCAACGAGACGAAAUCCCACGCGACCGCGCCGCAAAUCCCCACCACGACCGAACUUUAAAGCCAAACUUACAGAGUCAAGCAGAGUCUGAGAAGGCAGAGGCUUGGGAGCUGCAUUGGUCCGGAGCAGGAAUAUCAAACCCUGGGAAGAGACACACACAUAUUUAUUAGCACGCUGCCCCGUUGCUGUCUUGGCCGCGAUGGGGACCACAGACGCGGUGUCGGCGCCGGAUCCAGCAGCGUGCUCCCCCCCUCCUCAUCGGCAGCGAUAUCCCCAGCGAAACCUGCCUUUAGCCACUCUUUGGGGGUUCUGUUUCUUACCGGGGGAGAAAGGUAAAGAUAACCCAAAACAAACAAAGACGAGAGAACAAAACCGAAAGAGAACCAAGAGUUUCAUUUCAUGCCUUUUUUUAUUGUUUGAUUUGAUGGCCGAGGGCUCAGUGGCAGGCACUGGGGGACGGGUUUUUAAAUCUAUUUUUUGCCUGGCUUUCUGUCGAUUUGGUUUGCCUAUUCUACUAAGCCAUGUUUAACAAGAGAGAGAAAGAGGGGAGGGCGGGGGGAGUGGGAGAAAAAUAGCACGAUCUUCUCUAUUGUGUUUAAUUUAUUUCAAUGUAGCUUAUUUCCUUAUAAGUUAUGAAAUUUAAAAGCAAACUAAGUCUUGUGAAUAAAAACCGACAAAGAAACAAAAGAGACAAAAAAGAAGCCCUCCAUCCCCCGGUUGUUCUGUCCAGGAGCUGCCGUGGAGCUGAUUUUCUUUCCCCCUCCUGCGCUGCCAGAGCGGACCGAUGCUCCUCUCGCCUUAUUAUAGAGAAGCCACAUUUAUUGUCGGGGAGGGGAGAAAUGGGGAAAAA